GUCUUCUCGUAAUCACAUGUCAUAAUUAACAUAAUCCGUGCGCUUAGUCCAUUUGCUUUUCCCAUUGCAAACUUUCCUGGUCGCUUCCAGCUUCCGAGCACCCAGGCCCAACAGUCAAAACGCUCUCCGGUGACGUCAAAGUGAGUACAUAUAGCGCCUCCACCGUUGCCAGGAACAGAAAGAAACUAUACAACGACACGGCGGCUCGUCCAGCACAUCAGCAAAGCUGCCAGGAGAUGGACACCACAGCAGCAGCCGGUACUGACACUAGUAGUGGAGAAGCACGCCACCGAGGCGAUCAGCAAGGAAAGGAUGGACGGCCGGAGAAGGAUGCGGCCCGGAAGAAGGUGCCGUUGCUCAGCAUGUUCAGGUACGCCGACCGCCUCGACGUGCUGCUGAUGGUGGUCGGCACGGUGGGGGCGAUGGGCAACGGCGUGUCGGAGCCACUCAUAUCGGUCCUCUUCGGGAACGUCAUCAACUCCUUCGGCGAGAGCACGAGCAGCACCAUCCUCCGCAGUGUAACCAAGGUAAGCGACUGCUCAGAUCACAGUGAUCACUUCACUUGAAGAGUAAGUAUCCGUUAUAACAGAGAAUGUUCUUUCUACAGGUUGUCCUGAGCCUCAUAUAUCUGGGCAUCGGAACAGCAGUUGCCUGCUUUCUUCGUAAGUAUACUUUCCAUUCUAUUCUUCAAACAGUAAGUACA